AUGGCUACUAAAGCUGCUUACAAAAGAUUGACCAAAGAAUACCUGGCCGUCCAAAAGAAAAGAACAUUCUUGAAUGGUAAUCAUCAAUAUGGACUUAAUCUUGGCCUAGAUAGACGAUUCCAACCUGACACAAGAUUGUGUUUAUCUAUGUCGGAUUUUCAUCCAAGUACUUGGAAUCCUAGUUGGAGUGUUGCAACUAUUUUGACUGGAUUACUGAGUUUUAUGACCAGUAACGAAGCUACUACGGGGAGUAUCAAAACGACAGAUGCUGAUAAAAAGAUAUAUGCUGCACGUUCACAUCAAUUCAAUUUGAAUGAUCCAAAGUUUAGAGAAUAUUUUCCAGAACUUUGCAUACCUGAGGCAGUGCCUGUCGAAAUUCUUUAUCCAAUGUCAUCAUCUAGUAGCACAUCCACGCAAACUUCUACUGACGCAACAAAAUCAGCGAACCACGUUCCUCCGGCACAGCAACGAAAUGACCAUGGGACAGUCAACCAACGACUCAUACCGGCAGCAAGAAAUCAGAAUUUACAGCGUAAAGUUCUUAAUCGUGUUGAAAAUCCUACUAUACGCGGACAUACGGAGCAUGCUAAUAACACGGCAAGGGUUAACGCUAACAAUCCGCAAACCAACAAUAAUAACAAUAACCUAAAUUACUAUACCGAUCCGAAUCAGUCUCUGGAAGUCAUGGUGAAGCUCCUCGAAUGUGAUUUUUUUAUUAAUUCCAAUGACCAUUCAAAUGGUGAAAAGUAA